AUGAUCCACCAGAGCGCCCCACCCCACCCACCUGUUCCACCUGUUCCACCCCACCUGUUCUGUUCCAGCCACCCACCCCACCCCACCCACCUGUUCCCUGUUCUGUUCCCUGUUCCCACUGUUCCACCCCACCUGUUCCUGUCCCUGUUCCCACCCCACCCCUGUUCCACUCCCCAGCCCCAGCUCCCACUCCACCUGUUCCCAGCUCCACCCACUCCCACCCAGCCCUGUUCCUGUUCCCUGUUCCAGCUCCCUGUUCAGCCCCAGCCCACUCCCAGCUCCUGUUCACCCCCACCUGUUCCACCACCAGCCCUGUUCUGUUCCUGUUCCCAGCCCCACCAGCCCACCCCUGUUCCCAGCCCCAGCCCCAGCCUGUUCCCACUGCCCCACCUCCCAGCUCCACCACCCUGUUCCCACCCAGUUCACCCACUCCAGUUCAGCCCCAGCCUGUUCAGCCCAGCCCCACCAGCCCCACUCCACCCCUGUCUGUUCCUGUUCCAGCCCCAGCCCACUGUUCCCACCAGCCUGUUCCACCUGUCUGUUCCUGUUCACCCACCUGUUCCAGCCCACCCUGUUCCACCUGUUCCCCUGUUCUGUUCCUGUUCCUGUUCCCACCCCACCCUCCAGCCCACCCACCCAGCCUGUUCCCAGCCCACCUGUUCCACUGUUCCAGCCCUGUUCCUGUUCCCAGCCCACUCCCACCCACCACUGUUCACCUCACCUGUUCUGUUCCCACUGUUCAGCCAGCCCUGUUCCACUCCAGCCAGCCCACUCCUGUUCCCACCCACCCCAGCCCAGCCAGCCUGUUCCACUCCAGCCCCAGCCCCAGCUCCCACCAGCCCUGUUCCAGCCCCACCCCUGUUCACCCCACCAGCUCCCAGCCCACUCCCACCUGUUCCCACUCCCCAGCUCCCACUCACCCCACCCAGCCCCAGCCCCAGCCUCAGCUCACUCACCCAGCUCAGCUCCCACCUCACUCAGCCCACUCAGCCUGUUCAGCCUCAGCCUCAGCUCAGCCCAGCUUAG